AUGAUAAUGGAAGAAUCAAAUCCGAAUUCCCAAACCAACUGGACCGUAACCUCCGGCACUCUCCAUAACUGCCUCACCUUCCAAUCGUCGUUCUCUUCCUCAGACUACGAAUCAACCGCCGCCGAAUCUCAUCCUCUUCUCCUACACUCCCCCUCACCAGAUUGCACUUCCACCCCUUGCGAAAUCACCAUUAAUUUCGCAGAAAAACACGAGGUGAGGCAAAUCUACGUUCGAAGCACUGCGCGAGUGUAUGAAAUUUAUAUCGCAUCUGAUUUGAGUUCCAGUAAUGAGUAUUUAUGUACGGUUCGUUGUGGUGUCGCUGUUAGAGAGGGUGAAGUUCUUCGUUCUCGUUGUGUUAACGAUAUUGAUUCUUAUGUUAGAAGUGAAGAUGAUUGGGUUGAAGUUAAAGCUGUUGAUGCUACUUCUCAUUCAAAACCCUAUAACAACUUUACAAAUAGUGCUCAGGAUCUUUAUGAAGCUACAGCUGAGAUUAAUGACGUGAAUCCUUGCAUCUCUGUCACACUUCGUCUACUCUCACUUCAGACUAAAGGCAGUGUUUAUGUGGAUGAGAUUUAUGUAUUUGGCGAUCCUGUUGGUUCAGAAAUCCAAGAAAGCUGUAAUGAAAACUCAUCCAGCAGUUCUCUCAUGGCUAUGCUUCUUCCGACUUUAAUGCAAGUAUCCAAAACAACUGGUCUCAGUAGUCUAAAUGAUGUUAGAAAGGACAAACAAUUUGUUUUGGAAGAUGAUUUGAAGGAAACCCCCCACCCUAGUGGUUCUAUGAUAGAAAAUCAGCUGAAAGGGAAAAAUUGCAUAACUGAUCCUCAUGAAAGUGAGUUGAAAGAGGUGAAAGGAAGUUCAGUUAGUCCGUCCCAGCCAGAAACAUUCUCAAAAACUGCUAAAAUGGAGAGCGACUAUCUUGCUAUGCCCUCUCAAACUGCUCAAAUGGACUGCAAUUGCGAAGCUACACCCUCAAAAGUUGCUGAAAUGGAGAACCAUUUCCGUGCUGUUCCCUCUCAAGGUGAUUUUUCAGGGGGAAAUGUUGAAAGGGCAUUGGAAAAGCUUAUGUCAAGAAUGGACAGGAUAGAAGAAAUCUGUUUGGGCUUUCAAGAGAAAAUGGUAAUGCCCAUGAACAACAUUGAGACUCGACUCCAGCGAGUUGAGCAGCAGCUUGAGACAUUGUCUAUGAAAUGGAAAAACCCUGAACGGCCAUCAUGUUAUAGAAUAUCUGCUCCUGAUGCUUCUUGUAUUGAAUCAGAUACCGACUCUUGUGAGGAUUGUUUUGAUUGUACUGUCAUCGGAGAAAUUGAAUCUGAUAAGAAAUCUUUACAUACAGAGGUACUAAAUGUAUUUCAUCAGGAUGACUCUCCUCAAACUAUGUUUGAUUCAGAACAUACGACUCAAUUGCACCCAGGUCUUGUAGUUACAGCCCCGGAGUUUUCUGAGGGCGAGGAUGAAGAUGAUAGUGCAUCAGAACAAGAAAUGCGUCCUUCGAAUGAUAAAGCAAAGCUGUCAAUUGAUGACGCAUUAACUUCCGCAUUAGCUAAUUUUUUGUCGUCUUCUCUGUCAUCAGAGUUUACAAAGCAUACCAAAAGUCUACAUGUUAAAGCUCCUGAGUUUUCAAAUGAAGAUGAUGACCAAGAGAGCAAUAACGACCCAGUGAACAGUGAGUCGGUUUGUCCCACAGACAGUGGCAAAUUUAUCCCCUUCCAAGAGCCUUUGUUUGAAAAGGGAGAGAAAGUAAAAAAUGAUAAGAACUCUGAAGAGACUGCAGAGGAAGCUGAACAAAGUGAUUUAUUUUGCAAAGCACAAGGAGAUAGAGACGAAGUGUGUGCUGACAGGACAUCAACUGAACCUAGUCUAAGAAUUGAAGACAACAAAAAUAGGGAAAUCACAGGUGAACAAAAUGAUGCAAUCUUGUCCAAUAUAAGUAAUAUUCCAAAUGAGGUUGUUGAUAGUCAGACCCCCAGUGAUUAUAGAGCCGAAGCCCCAAAAAACACCUUCCAUGACUACAUCAUAGAGAAUGUUCUUGGAUUUUCACUUUCUCCACCUGUAGUGGAUUUUGAAAUUCCACUAUUGGAUGUGAAAUUCGUUUCUCAUACCAGUCCUAUUACCGACAGUUUCCUUGAAUCCUUUCUUGUUGAGACACCAGAAACCAGCUCAAAAGAUCCAUCUGUCGAGGAAGGCAUUGGGGAUAUUUCCAUUGACGACCAAGUAGCCAAAUUCUUAGAAUGUGAGACACCAGAAACCAACUCGGAGUCAGGAGAUCUAUCUGUCAAGGAAUACCUUGAGAAUCUUUCCAUUCCGGACAUAUUCGAAGUUUUAGAAAAUGAGACAAUAGAAACCAUGGACAGUUUCUUUGAAAGCAAUUUUGGUAAGAUUUUUGAAACCAGUUCAAGACAUCUGUCUGUUAACGAAAACAAUGAGGAUCUUUCCAUUAAGGACCAACAAAAAGACAACAGCGAUCUCUCAAUUGAGGAGCACUCGAACUUGAUUCCAGUCAACGAAUUUGAACUGGUGAAUCCAUCUAGCAAUACUCCCCAAUUUGCUCUGGUUGAAGACUUGUCUACUACAUUAAUAGAACCUGUGAACAUUGAGCGUGGUGCUCUGGCUGAAGAUCAUAAACACAAGCGUGGUCCUAGUGAUUUGAGUCCUGAUACAGUUCACAGACCUUGA